AUGAGCCGUUCAUUCGGUAACCCGACCCUAUUACAAACGCCCGCAACUUCUCGAAUGCCAACAAAUCCUGGAGCCGAUUGGGAAGAUUUGCGUAAACAAGCUCGUCAACAUGAAAAUGAAAUCGAUACAAAAUUAGUUUCUUUCUCGAAAUUAUGUUCAAAUUAUGCUUCGCAUGAUCUGAAUGAUUCAUCCUUAUCAGCAACAACUUCCCCAUCAUCAUUCGAAGGCAUGUCUAUAGAAAUCGAGAAACUUCUUGAACGUUUAUCUGAUAUAAACAAACGCAUGUCAGAUGUUGUGCCAUCCUUACUUGGACCAAACUCAGCUGCAACACAUACCUUACAACGUCAUAAUGAAAUUUUACAAGAUUAUCGUCGUGAAUUCGAACGUACCAAAACCAAUAUACGAAAUAUGAAAAAUCGUGAAGAUCGUCUACUGAACAUGAAUGCAAAUAAUUCUGAUAUGACAACAGGCUUAAGCAGUCGCCGUCAAGAUCUCUACCUGCGUGAAAUGAGCCAUUUGAAUAGUUCCCAUAAACUAAUUGAUACUAAUUUAGAAAUGGCGUCGGCAUUAAGAAAAGAUUUAUUUGAUCAAAAAAAAUAUUUAUUGAAUAUAACAACUAAAGUUAAUGCAAUAGCAAAUCGUUUUCCAUUGGUAAAUAAUGUUUUACAAAAAAUAAAGAUGAAAAAACGCAAAGAUUCAUUGGUACUGGGUACUGUUAUUGCAGUUUGUGUUAUUCUUCUCCUUCUCUACAGUCUUCGAUAG